CGUGACGGGUAGGAGGCGCUACAUUGCUCCAUAACAGUCCCCAACGACCUCUCACCGAUCUCAGUUCUCUCAGCGCUCUCAGCGCUCGCUGCGCUUACACGUGCUCAACCAUCGCGAUCCCCAUGCGGUGUAAUGGAUGAAUUUCAUGAACAUCCCUUCAGCUCGAGCCUUUUCAGAACCGCUGCCUCGCAAGGCUUUUUCCGCCAUGGUUAACCCUGAAAAUUAUGGGUCCAUUGGUCGCGGUCCCCAUGCGGUGUAAUGGAUGAAUUUUAAGUCGAUGCGUAACGCGUUUGUUUCGCUUCUCAGGCGAUACGUCACAACGAUGGCGCUCAGUCGUUGAGGAUCGCAUUCGAGCGUGGCUGUAGAAUCGUAUCUUAUAUUUCUCGAACGUUCUGGCUAGGGGGAAAGGAUAUGAAAUGGCGGCCGGGGGAGGGCACAAGAAGACAGAGCGAGCAUCGAAGGGCGAAAGGGUUGUCAAGACGGAUCGAGCUAGCAGAUCCCCGGACAGAGCCUCCAAAGCGGACCGGUCUCUUUCCUCCAGCAAACCGGACAGAGCUUGCAGGCCGGAGAGAGGGAAUAAAACGGAGAGAGCGGCGGGGCUACUGGCUCGUUUAUUCCCUUCUGGCGAGGGAGCGGCUCCAGGCCUCCGCACGAAUUACCUGAUCAUCGUCGCAGCAUUAUCCUUGCUCUUCAUCCUCCUCUGUGUGCUCCGCGUAUUCCCUCUCCUCCAAUCACGCGCCCGGGCAUCAAAGGAGGAGCAGCAGCGGAUCCGAAUGGCCGAUAAGCUAGAUGAUUACUCCGAGGCUCCAGGGGACUUCCUGGCAGCACCAGGAGAAGAUUUCCAGGCAGCAGCCGGCGAUUUCCAGGCAGCAGCCGACGAUUUCCAGGCAGCUGCAGGUGAUUCCCGGGCAGCAGAGAAAACUUUUUCGGACGAGGGUAUUCACGCGCGGUCGUCCCUCCGCGGCCUGGUCAGCAGCGCCGAUAUCCUCCGCAACCCCUCAGCUUUUCAAGAGCUUCUAGAGGGGAAAGGUGGGCGGUGGGGGGGAGAGGGGGAGGGAGAGGAGGAGGGUGGAGGAGGGGAGGCUGGGGGGUUUAGUGGAGGUUCAGGGAGUCCAAGAGCCCAAGGGAGGGAGGCGAGGCUUGUAGACGAGAGGCUAAAGGCGCUGGGAACGAGUAGCCGAGAGAGCAGCGAAGAGAGAAGCCGGGAGAGCAGCCAGGAAGGAAGUGAAGAAACCUCCAGCAAAUCUGGUCGCAGCUCUGGUAGUAGGUCUGGUGGAGGCAGCUCUGGUAGCAGCUCCGGAAUCAGCUCCGGUAGCAGCUCCGGAAUCAGCUCCAGUAGCAGGUCCGGUGGUAAACCUGGUGCGGGCGGCUCUGGCGAGAUCCCAGUGGUGCAGUUUCUGCGGGCUCAGACGGGGUGUGGGCCGGGGCGGUACGCGUACGAGACGAUGCGGCAGGCGCGGCGGGUGAACUCGCGGGUGAUCCUCAUCGGGCCGGGGAAGUGCAAGCGCGUGCUAGAGCGGGUGGGCGUGGAGAUGGAGGACUACGACGACUACAUGGGCGUGGAGGAGGAGUUUGAGAAAAGCGUGGGGGAAGUUGUGUCGUACCAGGUCCGCUGGUUCAUCCUGCACGAGUUCAUGCGCCGGUGGGGCUUUAAGCGCAUAUUCUACAUGGACUGUGACGUGCUGCUCUUCGCCAACGUGACACAAUUCGUCCAGACCCACCUGCCCAAGGCCGAACUUGCUCUGGCCGUGCGAACCCCCACCAUUCACGUGAGGGCAGUCAGUGCGCACGUCUCUCUCUGGUCGCAGGAGGCACUAGCAGAUUUCCUCACCUUCUUCCGCCUCUUCUUCCAGCAUGCAGUGGUAGGAGGGACCCCUGGAGACCGCUCCCUGCCAGCGCAGCGCGCAUACAACGACAUGGUGGUGCUGGGGUGGUAUGCCGCUCCUGUGUGCUGGACUAAUGGACCCAGGGAUAACCUUCCCAAGGACUGCCUGGGCCCAUCCAUGAGAUCCAUGAGUGCCCGAAUACGUGGAAAAUUCACUCCGGCCUUCAAGGCGGAGUCUCUCUGCGCUCCCAGGCAAUGCCAGAAAACUACUUGGAGUGAUGCUGGCUGGUGUGCCUUUGACAACAACUUCUCUCUCACGUUAAAUCACACGACUUUCCACUACGAUCCUUUGAAGCAGAUGAAAACCCCAACAUCCAUGCAUUAUGACCAUUUUACGGACUGGGUUGGCAGACCGCAAGAUGAGCCGGUGCAAUUUCUUGGUGUGCACUUUCAAGGGCCCAGAAAGGCGACGAUAAUGCAACCAGACCCAUCCAGGCAUUGGGGCUCAAGCCCUGAUUGAUUUACUUGCUUCCCAUAGCCCAUCAUUAGAUUGUACUACAUUUCUAAUUGAAUAGUUUCGGGUUCAUUUCUACUUGUGGUUGGUGCUGUGUUACCGGCAGCUUAUGAUAAUAUCGGUCAGCCCUCAAUCGACUCAACA